UAUACAGGAUAUUGCAGGAAGUUUCCAUAUCUGUAUCUGUCACGUAGUAACAGACAGGAGUUAAGUAACAGACAGAUUCUCUGUUCUAAUUGAGCUAUGCUUAGUGCAACAAGAGAGUGUAUGGGGUAAAAGUGACUUAAAGCCAUAUUUCUGGCUCCUGUAUUUUGGUCCUAACCCCUGGGGGAGGGGGAUAAUAGGAUCCUAUAUAAGAAAAAGACACCAAACUCAGGACUGUCCCUAUGAAACCAGGACAUCUGGUCACCCUAGUGUCAGAGCCAGUCUGCAAACUCAGGAGUCCUGUACCCCAACUACCCAAAGCGGUGUGUCCCUGGAGCUUGGAAACUGUUAGGAUGAGGGGGGAGACAGUGCCCUGAAACCCGAGGAGUUUAGGACUUUGACUUCUACAUGGGAAUUUAGGGUAUUAAGACCCAAGGCUCUGGAUCUGCUUGUACCCAGACCUUUGGCAGUGAUCCUGUUGCCCAGAUGGUUCUGGUUAGGUGGCCCGGGACGGGUUGGCUUUGAUUCUGUAGGCCUGGAUGUUAUGAUGAUCUUUAUGGCUAAUCUGGCUGUGGGCUGGGUGAGCCCAGGUCCGGGGUUGGUUUGCUCUGAAUUAACAAGGCGGUGGGAGGCGUUAGGACCCGCCAGGAGUCCGAACCCGGCUGCUCUGACGUUGGUCGGAAACUAGCGGCUGCCGCCCGCUACUGCUGAGUAACAGGCGCUAAAUCGCUCCGGAAGCCGAGACGAAACCAGCUGGUCGGGUCGGUCUCGGAACCGGGAUUGAGACCCGCAUAAGUGGUCCGGCGCAGGCUCGUCCCAGAACAAUCCGAGGAUUUCUCAGUGGUUAUAAUGUAAGCACCUCACCAUGCAGCUGAUAAGACUGAGGUCUUGGGAACGUUUAUUCCCAGAGUUCUCCUUUUGAGGCUAGGACUAUGUCCCUCACCAGCGAGUACUGAGGAGUUUCAGGUCCAGUAAUAUCUACCUUUACAAACAUACUGAAGGCAGUGGAGUUUCAGUGGGGCUAUGCAGACAUCUCUAAUAAGUUAGCCUUCAGCUGAUUAUGAACAAAGACAGAAAGGGCAUGGAUUGACUAUCAGUUUCCAAGGCAACCCAUUGAGUUUCACUAUGGGAGCUGUGGUGGUUGAUGAUGCUCCAUCUGGUGUCAAAGCCCCUGAUGGGGGUUGGGGCUGGGCCGUUCUCUUUGGAGGGUUUGUCAUCACUGGAUUUUCCUAUGCCUUUCCAAAGGCUGUUAGUGUCUUCUUUAAAGAGCUUAUCCGGGAGUUUGGUGUAGGAUACAGUGACACAGCAUGGAUCUCCUCCAUUCUACUGGCUAUGCUCUAUGGAACAGGUCCCCUGUGUAGCAUGUGUGUCAAUUGGUUUGGCUGUCGUCCAGUUAUGCUGGUUGGAGGACUCUUUGCUUCGCUGGGAAUGGUGACAGCUUCCUUCUGUACCAGCAUCAUUCAGAUCUAUCUCACUGCAGGUGUCAUUACUGGUUUGGGUCUGGCACUCAACUUCCAGCCAUCGCUCAUCAUGUUAAAUCGCUACUUUGACAAACGCCGCCCUUUAGCUAAUGGGCUUGCUGCUGCUGGAAGCCCUGUGUUUCUUUGUACCCUCUCUCCUCUGGGGCAAAUACUGCAACAUGAGUAUGGCUGGCGAGGGGGAUUCCUUAUACUGGGAGGAAUGCUGCUCAACUGCUGUGUUUGUGGGGCAUUAAUGAGGCCGUUGGAGCCUCCUAAGAAAUCUGAAGCUGCUAAAGAACUCACUGAGAAGAAAACAAAGAAAAAGCUUCUGGAUUUCAGUGUCUUUAAAGAUGGUGGUUUUUUAGUCUACACUGUGGCUGCCUCCAUCAUGGUGCUGGGCCUCUUUGUGCCUCCAGUCUUUGUGGUGAGCUUUGCCAAGGAUUUGGGAUAUCCAGACACUAAAUCAGCUUUUCUUCUGAGCAUUCUUGGAUUCGUUGAUAUCUUUGCCCGGCCUAUUUGUGGAGUGAUAGCUGGUCUGAAGUGGGUCAGACCACACUGUGUUUAUCUCUUUAGUUUUGCUAUGAUUUUUAAUGGUUUUACAGAUCUCAUGGGUUCCAUGUCUACCAAUUAUGGUGGCCUGGCAGUCUUCUGCAUUUUCUUUGGCAUUUCCUAUGGAAUGGUAGGUGCUCUUCAGUUUGAAGUUCUCAUGGCUAUUGUUGGUACUCAGAAGUUUUCCAGUGCCAUUGGCUUGGUGCUUCUGGCUGAAGCUCUAGCUGUUCUAAUCGGUCCACCAUCAGCAGGCAAACUCUUGGAUGCAACAGGCAGGUAUAUGUUUGUUUUUAUUGUUGCUGGUGUUGAAGUUGUUACUUCAGCCCUUGUGAUGGCUUUAGGAAAUGUCUUCUGUGUUAAGAAGAAAUCAGAAGCGCCACAAACAAAAGAGGAGGCAGCAGAAAGAGAAGAGUUAAACAAAUCUGAAGACAAAACACCUGAAGAUGGCAAGGUGGACUCUAUUGAAGUAGAACAAUUUCUGAAAGAUGAACCUGAAAAAAAUGGGGAAGUUGUAACUAACCCAGAAACAUGUGUGUGAGUGACACAGGAUAAGUGGCAAAGCAUUUAGGGAAGAGAGAGAAUUUCAACAUUAUUUUAGAAACGGAACUAGUUUAGGGCUGGGCCAUCUGCUUGACCAACUGGGGGCCAAUCAGCUAAUUAAAUUACUGUUUGGAAGCUUUAUUAGGAAUCCUUUUCACCUAAAACUGGAUUUAUCAGUGAGACGUGAAGCUCUGCGUUUGUAACAUUUUAAGUAAACUAAGCAGCCUUUGUAACCAAAUGUAGAAAUCCCGCUAUGCAUCGCCAGAAAAUUCUCACUUGGAAGAAAAUAUAUUUGAAUUAGAGAGGAAUGAUAUGUACAUUUUCAUUCAAUAUGGGUGAAAUUGUUUGUUUAUGUGUGGUAGAAUUAAACAUAACUUCCCUUUCUAUGUUCUUUCUCAAGGAGAAAGAAUGAGAUGAGGGAAAAAAAAUCUCAGGAACUUACUGGUCUCCAGAAGGUUUUUGAAACAUCUCACUUUUACAGUUAUUUUUAGAUUUUUUUUUUUUUUUCUCAGCCCUAAUCUAAUUUGGAUAAUAAUAAUAAUAUCUAUUACUUUGUUUUAAGUAAGUGUUUCUUAAUUGAGAUUUUUAUUGUAAAUAUUGUACACUGAAAGACACUCAGAGACCCUGUUCUUAGCAAAUCACAUAAUUGCUAUUCCUAAAUAACACCUAAAGAAAAUGAAACAAGCAGUAUUAAUCCUUACGUAGGCUUACCUAGUUUUCUUUACAGCCUAUGUGCACUGCACAUACACUGACUCCUACUGGUAGCUACUGUGCUGACACAUGCAGGCAUCUGCUACUGAAAUUGGUUGAAAAGUCGCACAACGCUAGCAGCUGUUACAGCCUAUGCUAUUAGAUAUCAGCAUGAGAUUAUUGACUCAUUACUUCUGUACAGCAAUAUGCUGACUUUACUAGUAUUCAGGGUAUGUGAAGAAGCAGAGCGCUAAAAAUAAUUAAAAGUAAUUCCCUGAGUUACUCUCUCUCUUUUCAUUAUGUAAUGCCAUUAGGGGAAAGGGUGACUAGAUAGCAGCUGUGAAAAAACGGGAUGGGGGUAAUAGGCGCCUAUAUAAGAAAGUCCCUCAAAACAGGACUGUACCUUUAAAAAUGGGACAUCUGGUCAUCCUAUCUAUCACUCCUGUAUAUAGUCUCACUGACUUUGAACUAAUUGAAUAAGUAAGGUGAGCAGGAUUUGGCCCUAUGCAUGCAUUACAACCCUUUUGACCUGAUCAGUUAGAUAAAAAUUUGGAGUCUUGGAAUUUUCAGAGGUAAAAUUGGUGAUGGAGUCAGGUGGUUUAUUUGAUGCAAUCUUUUUUUUUAUUUACAAAGAAUGUACAAAGUCUUGUUUCCUUGUCUCUUAUUGUUUGAGUCCUGCUGCAUUCUGUCCCUGCUUACAAGUCCAAGCCCCAUUUCCAAUCACUUAGCCAUGUUGACCUAAAUUUUAAGAGUAGACCGUGCCUCAGAGAGCGAGCUUUUGGGCUAUGUCACUUGGGGGGCGGGGGGAAUAUCCACUUCCCUGAGCAACAUAGCUAUGCCAGCCUAACCUUCUGGUAUAGAAGCAUCUAGGUUGACAAAACAGUGCUUCUGUCAGCCUAGCUAUGGUUGCCCAGGGAGAUGGUGCUCCUACAGUGGAGAGAGGAGGACCUUCUGUCACUGUAGCUGUGCUAUAGGGUUAUGCCAGCAUCGUUAAUGCACCAUAGCAAUGUUGAUAUAGUUCUCAUAGUGUACACCUGGCCUUAGCUUUUCUCAGCACUACACUCCCAGUGCUUGUUCUGCCUGUGUCCUUGGCUUUUUUGCCCUGGGACCUGCUGUUUGGUGUUUUCAUCUCUUGCACUAAAAACACCUCAAAUAGAGACAAACAGCUCCACCAAUCAAUGCCCUAGUCCCUGCAUUUGCUAUGAGAGUCCCCAGGCAAUCCCUCAGACUGCAUGGCAUAGCUUCUUCUUAAUCAGCCUUACCAUGGAGUUCAGUGUUUUGGACAGUGGUCUCUAGUGUUUCAGCUAUUA